UCGUAACAGGCCGCCGUAGGCUGCUUAGGCCGUAUAGAGCGGCUAGGCUGCCGUGGUAACUGCAUGCAUUAUUAAGAGCGCAGCCAGGAGGCGAUCGCAGUAGAACAGACCGUCUGCGCUGCCUGCCAGCUUCUCUAUUAAACGGCUAAGGCAGCGAUGGGUUCCUCUGCCAGGCCGGUGCACACAGCUGUACUGGGCGCGCUGUUGUGCUGCGCUGCGUUCACUUCCGGCCGCAGCACCCGUGCGGUGGACCAGGUAUCGGAGGCUGAUCUCCAGCGUCUGCUGCACGGCAUUAUCGAGGAGCUGGGUAUCGCACGUCCCAGGGUGGAAUAUCCUGCUCACCAGGCCACUAACAUCGUUGGACCACAAAGCAUCCAAGGUGGUGCUCAUGAGGGGCUCCAGCACUUGGGACCUUAUGGAAACAUUCCCAACAUAGUUGCAGAGCUAACCGGGGACAAUGUCCCUAAGGACUUCAGUGAGGAUGAGGGCUAUCCGGACCCUCCAAAUCCUUGUCCUUUGGGCAAGACUGAGUCAGACGGUUGCCUGGAGAACUUUCCCAACACGGCCAAGUUUAACAGGGAGUUCCAGCAGCGCCAACACUUGUUUGAUUCGGCGCACCCAUACCCGCAGCUGGCCAAGUGGAACAAGGAGCUCUUGUUUGAGAAAUUCAAGGGUGGACCAAAGAGAAGAAAGAGGAGUGUCAAUCCCUUCUUGAUGGGACAGAGGCUGGACAAUGUGGUGGCCAAGAAAUCUGUGCCCCAUUUCCCGGAGGAUGAGGUGGAACCGACUGUCACCAGUCCAGAGAAAAUGUGAAGCAGGGAGCUCAGCUGAACUCCCAGACCUCACACUACCCUUGUAAUGGUUAGAUGAUGGUUAUAAGGCAUUAUUUGAUGACUCAAUUCAAUUUGAUUGGAAACAGUGUGUUAGCCAGAAGUAUCAGUAUAAUUACAACUUAAUUGUGACUUAGAUUUAUACUAAUUUUAAUUGCCUGUAAGUACCCUAAUUUAAAUUAUUAUUAUUAUUGUUAUUAUCAUAAUUUUGGACUUGCAAGUGGUGAGAUGCUGUUUAGAAUGUACUGUCGAUGGUUCCUGGAUUUUAUUUUCUUUUGAAAAUACCUGAUUCAUUUGACCUCAUGACUAAUAAGAGUGCUGUGAUAUCAAGCUUUUUUUCCUCAAACGCUGAUGCCAUCUUAGUGUCUAUGGCUGAAAAUAGCCGUGACCUGUACUUUGUAAGGCUUACUAUCCACGUAAUCGCAUUCCAAGUACCUCAUCAUAUGUAUUUGUGUACAUCGUGGCUUAUGGUGAAUACAAUGGAAAAAUACAUGUCAUGCUGUGCA